AUGUUUUUCAACCAGGUUGCCCUCGUCAACGGAGAGAAUAUACAAGCCCUCCUGACCAUUGAUAGCGCGGCGGGCAAAGCCGGUAGCGGCAAGACAGCGAGCAACUUCGGAGACGCUCAUGAUGGCGGUUGGGGCUUUUGUUCAAGGGAAAAAGAGAAGUCGCAAAGCAAGAAGGGGCAGCGUGUUGCGAAAGUUUAA